AUGUCUGCAGAAGUCGCCACUGAUCCUAGUCCGCGGAGCGAGAAAUCGGUAUCUGCUCAUCCAUUCUCCCCGCUAUCGGCAUCAGAACUCCAAGAUGCUGCGGCAAUCAUCAAAGCUUCAUGGCCAGCGCACACAGACCUGCAUUUCAAGGUCGUGACGCUGCAGGAACCACCAAAAGUCGAGGCACUGAAAUAUCUAGAGGCCGAGCAUAGCGGCAAGCCACUUCCGUCAAUCGCGAGAAAAGCUUUUGUCAAUUACUACAUCCGGAACACUAACAAAUUCCACGAGGCUGUUGUGGACUUGACCUCACGUCGCGUAGAUCGCAACGUCCUUCUAGGGCCCUUUGUCCAUGCCAACGCGGAUGGCGAUGAAAUCGUCGCUAUCGAGAAACUUGUCCUGACCGAUGAGAAAGUACAAGCGGAGAUUGCCAAGCUCGAGCUCCCCCAAGGCACAGUAGUAAUCAGCGACCCAUGGAUCUACGGGUCCGACGGCGUUGGAGACGAAGAUAGGCUGUGGCAAUGCUUCCUAUACCUCAGGGACCCGAUGAACUCAUCAGAGGCCGACUCCAACCACUACGCAAUGCCGCUUCCUAUCUCGCCAGUGGUGAGCACAGAGAAGAUGGAGGUCAUUCGCGUUGAUAUACUACCGACUGGUGCAGACAACACCAUCAAGCCGGUUGAAAAGUACAAGAUCCAACCGCCCAACGAGUACAUACCCGAGGCCCAACAACUGCGGACCGAUCUUAAGCCGCUUAAUGUUAUCCAGCCAGAAGGUGCUAGCUUCCAAGUCGAACAGCAAGGCACAUCAAAUGUCAUCUCAUGGCAGAAAUGGAACUUCCGCGUUGGUUUCAACCAGCGUGAAGGUAUGGUACUGUACGAUGUCCGUUACGACAACCGCAGCUUGUUCUACCGAAUGAGCCUUUCAGACAUGAACAUUCCGUACGCCGACCCUCGUCAUCCCUACCAUAAGAAGAGCGCCUUCGACUUGGGCGAUGUUGGUGCUGGUAUCAUGGCGAACAACCUCAAGCUGGGCUGCGACUGUCUGGGCUCCAUCUACUAUCUCUCUGCCGUACUCGCCGACAACCACGGUGGGUCUGUGGAGAUGCCCAACGUCGUAUGCGUCCACGAGCAAGAUGCUGGAAUCGGUUUCAAGCACACUAACUACCGCACCGGCCGCGCAGUCGUCGCUCGAAACCGGGAGUUGGUGCUCCAGAGCAUCAUUACCGUAGCCAACUACGAGUAUAUCCUAGCCUUCAUCUUCAACCAGGCCGGAGAAGUCGACUACGAAAUCAGGGCUACUGGCAUCCUAAGCACGCAGCCUAUUGACGAAGGUGUCGAGGUGCCCUUCGGUACAGUCGUGCACCCCGGUGUACUUGCCGUCCACCAUCAACACAUCUUCUCAUUGCGCGUCGACCCCAUGAUAGACGGGUAUGACAACAGACUCGUGUAUGACGAGGCGUUCCCGAUGCCGCGCUCAGACUUCAACCCCCACGGUACUGGCUACUACGUCCAAGAGACCGUCGUCGACAAGUCUGGUGGCUACGACAUCGCAUACGAGAAUAACCGCACCUUCAAGAUCCAAAACCCGAACGUGCGAAACCCCGUCAACGGAAAGCCAGUCGCAUACAAGAUCCAAGCGCCGCCCUUCCAGAAGAUCCUUUCCGACAAGGACUCUUUCAACUACAAACGCGCCGAAUUCUCCGACCACAACAUCUACGUCGUGAAGCACAAGGAUGGCGAAUUAUACGCAGGCGGUACCUACACCAACCAGAGCCGUGGUGGAACGGGAGUGCGGAGUUGGGCGGAAAGGAACGACAACGUCAAGGACACCGACUUUGUCGUCUACAUCCAAGCGGGCAUUAACCAUGUGCCUCGUAUUGAGGACUUUCCCGUUAUGCCUUGCGAGAUCAUCAAGAUCCAUAUGAAGCCGGUCAAUUUCUUCGAUAAGAACCCUGCGCUAGACGUACCGCCGAGUGAGCAAGCGUUCAACAAGAGCAGCUUGUUGAGUGAGCAGCAUCAGCAGCCUAGUGUUACCGCGACGAUUGGUGAGGACGCGAUGGCGCCCAACGACAAAGCGGGCAGAGUUGUUUUCAUCGGCAACAUUCCCUACGGCGGCACUGAAGAGCUCAUCAUCGAAACCCUCGGGCGCGUCGGACAGGUGCUCAACUUUCGCUUGGUGUACGACAAGGAAACCGGGCGCCCCAAGGGCUUUGGGUUCGCAGAGUUCGCCGACGCUGACGCCGCAGCCUCGGCCGUGCGCAACCUCAACGACUACGAUUUGAUGGGCAGGAAGCUGAGGGUCGACUGGUCCAACGAGAGCGGCUCUGGCGACAACGCGCCUUCCAAUCGCGACCAGACCACACAGCCAGCCAUGAACGGCCAACAACCAGCAGCACCAGCACCGGCGCAACCGUCGAGCGCGCUGGGUCCUCUUCCACCAGGCGUCGAGCUGCCGCCCAACCUUACAUGCCCCGAUGCCAUCUCGCGCACGCUCUCUACACUCCCUCCCGAUCAACUCCUCGAUAUCCUCUCGCAGAUGAAAGGCCUUGUCAUGACGGAUCCCGCCAAGGCGACCGAGUUGCUGCGACAAGCGCCUCAGCUGGCUUAUGCCAUCUUUCAGUCGCUACUGCUCCUCCAGCUGGUCGACCCACAAAUCCUGACCUCGCUUGUGGAGACAUCGGCCGCGCCUGCCCCAGUUGCGCAGGCUCCACCUGUUCAGCAAGUACAGCAGCCACCACCGCAAGUUGCGCGACCGCCUGUGAACUACCCCGGAUACCCACCACAAGUCGCGCCUACACCUCCCCAAACUCAGCCACCCGUCGCGCAGCCGUACGCGCAGCCUCCACCGCAACAGCAACCACAAGCGCCUGGAAUGGACCAGCAGGCGCUGUAUGCUCAAGUCAUGGCGCUGUCGCAGCAGCAGAUUGACCAGUUGGCACCAGAGCACCGCGCCCAAAUCCUGCAGAUACGGCAGAUGUUGAUGGCUGGUGGGCGGCCCUAG